AGAGGAGAACGAACUAAAGUCCAGCAGCGUAGCUUCUCCUUCAUCUUCUUCUAGCAAUGAUGGGGAACGGCACCAACAUGGUGUGGAACACUCUGAACUUCUGGACUGCACAGAUAAUGGGUGACACAGAGAGGUACACUCAGACCAAAGCAAGUGGAGAAUGGUUUCUGAAGUCUGCUUCUUUCAGUUGCCAAUUCGUAAAUCUGUCAUUGUCAUCUCCGGAAAUUCACUUCGAAACUAGACAAAUUUCUUUUCCAACCUUUCCAGGGGGUCUUUCACAAGCUAGUUCAUUCUUCUUAAUCUCAAACAUGGGAAUGAAAGAUGAGGAAGACCAGCGUCUUGACACAUUCUUACGAGCCAUUAGAAGUUCGCUUCAGAUAUGUGCCAAAUAUGCUAGCUGGCCUCCUCCAGACAAUGAUAUAUAUUUAGCCGAAUCUGUUAGAGAUCCCCAAUUGGACAAUAUUGACGAGACGAAUGGUGCCAAUAAGUUUGAUUACGUUGUGGCCAUUAGCUUCAAUUGGACAGAUUACUUCAUGCUGUGUGCUCCAAGCUACUGCGAAUACGUGGAGGCCAACACUGUGAUGUGGGUUCUCUUUGCUGCUGUUGCUCAAGUUGGUGGCUUUGUUUCAGCCAUGUUGUUCGCUCUGCGCACUGUGUUUUGGCCAUUAUCUUGUAUGCUCUUUGGUUGGCCUACUUGUUUCGAGACUUGCCUGAAUAAAAGAGCAAAUGUAGAUAGCCCAAGAAGUGAUGAGCGUGGAGACAUUCUAAUGGAAGCACCAUAGAAAUGAUUGAGGAGUUUCCGCUCACGGUGGAAUUUGCUACUUGCUAAAUUUCUUCCUAUAUGUGGUCAUUUGGUUAGGUUUUCUUGUCGAUAAUAUGGACAUUUGCUGCUUUGCUGAAAUGUAAUCAGUUAAUGAACGAUGACUUUUUUGUUUUUGCUCAAUUGCAAGAAUUCAAAAGCAAUGGUAGCUAACAGCUUAACGUAUGGAGAAGAAAAAUGAAUU